UGGGUUGGAAAAUGGCGUUGAGAUUACCUCCAAACACUCUCACCACCUUCAUUUCUCAUCGUUUGCUGCCUUCAUUUUCCCACUGUUUCCUUUCAUCUCCUUCCCUCAACCUUCCCAAACUGGAGCCUUCAAAUGAAGCCGACACCCUUUCUCAAAUCCUCCUCACCCACCACAACCCUUUCCAUUUCAUGGAAUCUUCCCUCCAAAUCCACGGCGUCUCCCUCUCUCCCUUCCUUCUCCACCAGACCCUCCUCCGCCUCCAACACUCUUCCAAAAUUGCCCUCUCAUUUUUCCUCUUUUCCAAAUCCCUCCCUCCUUCCCCCUCUCCCCUCCUCUCCACCAGCUCCUACAACCUCAUCAUCGACAUCCUCGGGAAAGUCCGUCAGUUCGACGUCGUUUGGCAGCUCGUCCUCGAGAUGGACCAAUCCGACAUUUCCCCCGAUUCCUCCACUUUCACGAUUCUAAUCCGUCGCUUGAUCGCCGCUGGCUUCACCCGUCAAGCCAUUCGCGCUUACGAUGAUAUGAGGUGUUUUGUUACUGCUGGAAUCGACACUGACAGAUACAAUCACAGUCAAAACGAUUCGUUUUGCUUCUGUUUCCUUCUCGAUACGCUCUGUAAAUACGGCUACGUGAAGGUGGCUGUUGAGAUUUUCAACGAAAGGAAAUCAGGGUUUCGUGUUGAUUCUAAAAUGUAUACUAUCUUGAUAAGCAGGUGGUGCAAGAUUGGCAGAAUCGAUAAGGCGGAGAGGUUCUUGGAAGAGAUGAUGGAAAGAGGAAUGGAACCCAAUGUCGUCACUUACAACGUAAUGUUAAACGGGAUUUGUAGGAGAGCCAGUUUGCACCCUGACGAGAGGUUUGAUAGGACAAUUCGGAAUGCAGAGAAAAUGUUCGAUGAAAUGCGCCGAAGAGGGAUUGAGCCUGACGUGACAAGCUUUUCGAUCGUAUUACAUGUAUACAGCAGAGCACAUAAGCCCGAGUUAACGUUUGAUAAAUUGAAGUACAUGAAGGAGAAAGGUAUUUUCCCAAGUGUGGCUACUUAUACUUCAGUUAUCAAAUACCUUUGCUCGUGUGGGAGGCUCGAGGAGGCGGAGAAGUUGCUCGGUGAGAUGGUGAGUAAUGGGGUUAGUCCUUCGGCUGCAACUUAUAAUUGUUUCUUUAAGGAGUAUAGAGGCAGGAAGGAUGUCAACGGUGCUUUGAAAUUGUAUAGGAAGGUGAAGGAAGACAAAUUAUGCGAGUUGAGUUUGCAUACAUAUAACAUCUUACUUGGGAUGUUCAUGAAGUUGGAUUGAAUGGAAAUCGUUAGUGAAAUGUGGGAGGAUCUUAAAGGAAUUACACCAGGGCCUGAUUUAGAUUCUUAUGCAUUGUUGAUCAACGGGUUAUGCGAGAAGCAAAAAUGGAGAGAUGCAUGCCAACUUUUCGUGGAAAUGAUAGAGAAGGGUUUACUUCCUCAAAAAGUAACAUAUGAGACAUUGUACAAGGGUUUAAUACAGUCUAAUAUGUUGAGGACUUGGAGACGGUUAAAUAAGAAAUUUGACGAAGAAUCAAUAACCUUUGGUUCCGAGUUUCAAGAUUAUCAUUUCAAGCCAUACAGGAGAUAAGUUCACUUCUUCCUUUUUUUUGGUUAAUUGUAUGUUAAUUGCUUUUUC